AUGGAAUCUCAUUAUCCCCCAAAUCGUAUAUACAAAUUUGAAUUCGAAACUGAUACUCCGGAGGACAUUCGUGUUGUAGUGGGCAUAGAUUUUGGAACAACAUACUCGAGUUUUGCGUAUGCUCAUGUUCAAACUUGCGAAGUUAUUAUCAAUGACGAUUGGCCCGGAAGGAAAGGACCAUUAAAAACUAAUACUGUAUUACAAUAUGAUGCCGAUUUCAAAGAAGUUAUUGCGUGGGGUUCUCAAGCUCUAGUUGGUGAACCUCAGAGGCGUCGAAAAAAAGCUGCACCAGACCCACCAAAACCCAUCGAACUUUUCAAGUUACAUUUUGGCAACGCUCCGGAAGAACAAAAAACAAAUCUCCCUCCAAAUUGUCCUGCAGAAAAGGCCAUCACUGAUUAUCUUCGAGAAAUGGAAGAAGUUGAACGCCAUUGGCCAGGAAUUGACUUCUUUAGCCAUGUGCGUUUGGUGUUCACUGUCCCUGCAGAAUUCACCGAAAGUACGAAGACUAUCAUGAGACAAUGCAUAUAUGAUGCUGGAUUAAUUAAAAGCUCUGGCACACAGCAUCUGAAAUUCACUACCGAACCUGAAGCUGCAGCCUUAUACUGCGUAAAGGCGCUAAAAGAACAGUACAUGAUAACUGAAGUAUCAUAUCUGAUCGUUGACUGCGGUGGUGGCACAGUAGAUUUAACCGUUCGAAUACUAUUAAGUGAUGAUCAGAUUGGCGAAGCUACAGAACGUUCCGGCGACUUUUGCGGUAGUACCUAUGUUGAUAAAGAAUUCCUUAAAUAUCUCGAAAGUAAGGUCGGAGAAGAUGCAAUGAAAAUGCUACGGGAUAAGCACUACGGCCAACUUCACUAUAUGAUUCAUCAAUUUUGUGAACGUGUCAAGAUUCCGUUUACUGGUGAAUAUUCCGAAUUUAAGACAUACGAAUUAGAUAUUGAAAAAAAUUGUCCCGCCUUGAAAGAAUAUGUUAGUGGUCAAGCCAAGGAAGAGUUGGAUGAAGAAGAAUGGAUAAUUGAACUUGAUUUUUCGACAGUCAAGCGAUUUUUUGAUCCUAUCGUUGAUCAGAUUCUCCGAUUGAUAGAAGUACAACUUGACAAAAGCAUAUAUUGUUCUGUGAUGUUUGUGGUCGGAGGUUUUAGUGAAUCCAAAUAUCUUCAAAAAAGGAUCAAGCAAAAGUUUCAGAGCUGCAUAGUUAUAAUUCCGCCUCAUCCCAUGGCAGCCAUAGUGCGUGGAGCGGUUGAAUAUGGCUUGAAUGAGGAUGCUAUUAAGACUCGUGUAUUAAAAUGGACAUACGGUGUUGAGGUUUCUCUAAAUUUUCAGCCAGGUGAUCCGCCAUCACGCAAAACCUUGAGUGGACGUAUUAAGAAAUUCUAUUUGAUGGCCAAAAGAGGUCUUGAGGUGGAAGUAAACCAAAAAUUUUCUAUCAACGUGUUUCCAGUCAAGCCGCAUCAAAAAGAUGCGAUAAUUAAAUUUUUUUAUACAACAAAAUUCACAGCAAGUUACUGCGAUGAACCCGAAAUGCGUCUUUUAGGAGAAUUUAAAGUCGAAUUGCCUGAUUCUGAUUCGGGGCUUGCUAAACCUAUAUUAGUUGAAUUGUGUUUUGGUUCGAUGGAAAUUAUAGCAGAGGCAAAAAACGAAUCAGAUGGAAAAAUAUAUCGCAAUACCUUUAAAUUAGAAUUUUAG